AUGGAAAAUAUACAUAAUGAGCCAGCUCUCGUCAAUAAAAUGCUAGUCAUCUCAGCAGUGGUUGCAUUCAGUGCUUCUUUCUUUAAAAAGGCAUGAAAAUGAGAGAAUAAAGUAGCAUUUCAGUACUGAAAACCUUACGAAACAUUAGAGCUAGCUGCAAGAUGUGCUGGGCUUAGUACAAUUAUAAUAUUUCUACAAGUAUUUGCUAUAAUGAUGUACAGAUUAUUCUCAUCUGCUUCUGAUACAAUUAAAUGCCAUGAAAAUGCUUUCCUAGUAACAUUCAAAUAUAUUUUACAAAAUUUAUUAGUUGAAAAUUUUAUUUUUGUCGUCAAUUUGCUCUCAGCAGCUGCAAAUGGGCUUGGCAAUGAAAGAAUUGUUAUUGUUUUUUUAGUUUUUGUCGCUACGCAAAUAUUAUUCUGGUUUGGAUACUUAAUAAUUUCUUUUUUAAAAAUUCAGCACCUAUUUGAUCCAAAUUUGAUAUCUAUUCUUAGUUUUAUGAACAAUGCAAUCCUAUUUGCCUUUAAUAUGAAACCUCUAAUUAAUAUCGAUUUCCAAUUUUAA